AUGGGAACGAGGAUGGAGGUGGCACAGCUUGAGAGCAGGAUGAACACUGAGGACUAUAGAAAGCUACAGAGCCUUUUCACGGACCCCUCAGGUGCACCUCGCUCAUUAUCCAGAACUGAAUUCAUCAGUCUGGCUUGGUCAUCAGUUGGUCAUGGCUCCAAGGAGGAAUAUGGCCUCCUGUUUGACAGCGUGGUUGUCACUCAGGAGCAUCACGGCCUCCUCUUGGACAUCGACGACGUGAAAGAAGAGGGACGUGUCGACUGGGGAGGCCUGUGCUCUUUUCUGCUAAUGGCGCUUUCAGAUAAAGUGAAGAACACCAGAAGCAGUAGCGUGCCUUGCUGGAAGCCACCACGCACUUUGACCUGUCCACACCGAGACCCGGUUCAAAAGGUGUUGAACCUGCAGGGUUCAGGUCAGUAUCUCACUGUGAGUAAAGGAGGAACUGUAGGACUGCGGAGCAGAGAAGACAUGUCCCUCCUGCACACAUAUCGACUGCAAAACAGCACGGUCACACCCAAAGACCUCUGGGUCACAGACAUGGUGCUGCUGCACAAUGUAAACAAGAUAGCGGUGUCUUCUUUAACAAGUAAGGAGGUGUGUUUUUAUGACAUUCUAUCAAAACAGGACUUCAGCUGCAAGUAUAAAAUUCAGGGUUUGAAGUUUACUCCCUGGUGUUUGGACUACUGGGUGGAUCCCUCUCAGCCAGACCAGGCCGUCCUCACACUAGGAGACAUUGGAGGACAGGUCAGCGCUUUAUAUUUCACCUCAGCUCAGAUAUCUCUGUUUGAGAGACUCAGUCUGAAGACAGACUCAGAUUCAGCAGCCAUCAUCACGUGGGACGAGCUGGUCAAAGGAAAGCAUCACUCUUUACGUUACCUGGGCUCUCUGGAAGCCUUUGUGUCCUGCAGCACCAGACCGCAGAGCAGCAUGGUGAUCGGCUGGCGGGAAAAGGAAAGCAGGAGUCUACGAGUCACGACUUUCUUUACAAAGAGGGGUGUUUGGGACAUGGACCACCACCGUGAACUCAAUCUGAUAGCCACAGCAGGUGUGGAUCAUCAGGUCUUGCUGUGGAACCCGUUUGUGACCUCGGAGCCAGUUUGCACGCUCGGCGGGCACACAAGUCCCGUCACAGCAGUUCGCUUCUUGCAGACCAAGCAACAACUGCUGAGCUACUCCAAAGAUAAGGUCCUGUGUCUGUGGGACGUACCUCUUCAGCUGUGCGUUCACCGUCUUGCCGGUGUCUUCCCAAAGACACAGGAGGACACACACACCCUCCUGUUUCUCCAUGAAGAGCGUCAACUCCUCUUGCUGUCCUUCAACAGCCUGCUUCUCCUGCUGGAGACCACGAAGGAGGAGAAGAGGACCAGCAGCCAUGAGCACCCUGUUACGUGUGUGCUGUAUAAUAGUCUGUUCAGACAGGUAGUCAGCAGUGACUCUGCCUCCUCUGUGAUCUGCUGGCUUGCUGACACAGGCCAAAAGGUCAAGCAGUUUCACCGUUGUCAUGGCAACGCAGAGAUCUCUGCCAUGGCCCUGGAUGGUACGCAGACCCGGCUGUUUACUGCAGGCGCUGAUGGAGAGGUCAAAGUAUGGGACUUCAAUGGCCACUGCCUCCACAGGAUGAAUGCUGGCCUGGGUCGGGCUGUGGAGAUUUCACAGGUGCUGCUGCUGAAGAGGAGUAUACUGGUGAUGGGCUGGGAAAGGAUGUUAACAGUUUUCCGUCUGCAUUCCUUCUCGCAGUCUUUUGUUGAACCGUCAGAGUGGAAAGGAGGUGUUCAGCAUCGCAGUGAUGUGCUCUGUGCUGCAUUUCAGCCGCCACAGACUCUGGUCACAGGAAGCUACGAUGGAGAGAUUAUUGUGUGGAACAACAGCACAGAAAAAGCUUUGAGAAAACUGCGGCCACAUGCUGAACACAGAGAAGGUCAUUUCCCUGAUUCUCAUCUUGGUGUGAACAGCAAAGAAGACUCAGAUAACUCCAUUGCCAUCACGAGAUUGUUCUUCAUACCAGGACGCACGUCUGCAGCUGCAGCUACAGGUGGUGCAGACUUGGUGUCCUGUGGAGCAUCAGGAGUGGUCAGACUCUGGAACACUGUCCACAGCCGUCUGGUGGGACAGUUCACAGCUCACAGUAAAGACCUGGGGUCUAUUGUCAUGACUGUCAGCCUCUGUGGGAAAUAUUUAGUCACAGCGGAUCAGGAGGGGACAAUCAAGACUUGGGACAUACAGAAUUAUUGUCUUAUGCCAUGUGACGAACUACUGAAAGAAGCUCCAAAACUGGUGUGCAGUUUUCGUCCUCACCUUGAUCGUGUGGCUCACCUGGAGAUGUGUCUCCAUGGUGACAGACUCCUCCUUCUCUCUGCAUCCUCGGACUGCAGUGUGGCUCUGAGCUGCCUGGCAGGAGAGACCAUUGGCCUGUUCGGACAGGAGGAGCAGUGGUACUUGGAGACCCGGACCCCUGCACCCACAGCACGAAGCAGAGCGGAACCAGAGAGACCAGAGAGACCAGUGAGGCCAGGGAGGGAAGAGGACACCUCCAGCUCCCACUCAGACACUCCCUGA